UGUGCAGUUUUUAGCCCAGGCAAGUCUUGAGCCCCUGUUAAUGAACACAAGCCCUUCCUCAUCCCCUGCUGCUCCAGCAUUAUUAACUGUGUCUCAAACUUACUGAGCUGCCUAUCUAGACAGCAUUUUCGGCCAUCGUAUGCACGCUCCGAGCCAGCUGCCCUAAACAAUCUGCAAAAUCAGCAGCUCGCGAGGAUUGAGUCACGGCCAUUUUCUGUUUUCAAACACCUCAGAAGAUCAUUAAACAGUAGGCAUGACUGAGGCCGAUAUUGCAGUGAAAUUCAACCCGCCCGACUAUAAGAAGCUCACGCGGCUGUACUGUAUGAAUGGAGGAUAUCACCUUCAGAUCCUGGAGGACGGGACAGUGGCUGGAGCUCGAGAGGAAAACAUCCACAGCAUACUGCGCAUAAAAGCAACAAGUCCAGGAGUGGUGGUCAUCGAAGGAACAGAGGCAGGACUUUACCUCUCGAUGAAUGAAGACGGCAAGCUGUAUGCGUCAUCAUUAGUAACGGAUGAAAGUUAUUUCUUGGAGAGGAUGGAGGAGAACCACUACAACACAUAUCAGUCUCAGAAGUAUGGUGAAAACUGGUAUGUGGGAAUAAAAAAGAAUGGGAAAAUGAAACGAGGCCCAAGGACACACAUUGGACAGAAGGCUAUUUUCUUUCUCCCACGACAAGUAGCCCAGGCCAAGGACUGAGGCCUGAAAUCUGAUCAUAAAUAUAUUUAAUCACAUAGAAUAACCCUCAUGUCACAGGCUUACUCUACUACACAAAAAAUGCUUCUAUGACAGAAAAGUUGUGUUCACGGCAUGUCGUAAUUACCGUAAUUAUGAGAUUUCAGCUUGUAAAAAUUGUUUGCGUCAUCGUAGAGAUCGUAAGCUGGGAAUGUCCCGUGCCACAUGAGUCCUGAAAAGUGAAGCCAAAGCGUUUCGAUCGCCCCCAGGUGGCUGGAUGCAGUAUAGGUCAUAAACCCCGCCCUCUCCAUGUAACGUAAUGAGACGUGAGACAAACUAAACAAUCAAAUUACAUGUCAAAUAUUUUUGGUUUCUGUCAUUUUAUAUCACGUUGAUGUAAGUUCAAGUGUUUGUUCGUUAAAUAAGUUUUGUUUUAGUUAUUUGAUGCUAUAAAAAUGCGGGUUUUGACGUCAUGAUUGACAGCUUGUCUGAGCGAAGUAGUCACUGAGGAACCAACAGAUCUUCUGGAGGAGACUGGAGCUUUACCUUUAAUUUCUACACUUCCAGAACUGUUUAUUUCACACUGAUAUGAGUUGUUCUGCAGUAAACUGUACUAACUGAUUCUGCGAGAGUGUGGGCGGGGCUUUGAUAUCGCGGCUCCACAUUGUACUACUGCGCAAGAUGUCAGAGAGAGUGUGUCGUCCAUCUUGUUUACGGUCUAUGGUGUUGACAGAAGCGCAAUAAUGAACAGUCCGAGUAGAACAUCACGUCGUCAUCUCAAACUUACGGUAACUAUGACAUGGUGUGAACGCAGCAUAAUAUAUAAUACAUGCAGAUAGAAGUUUACUAACUCUUAGAUGUAAACAUGUCCAAAAUGCACUGAGAAAAAACGACAACUACUGUAAUAGUAACUUAUUUUUACUUUGCACUUGUGUAUUGAUUCACAAAUUUGCCAUUUCAUGUUGUUGUUUUUUGUCUUAUUCAUAUUUAAGAACUUGUAUCUGAUUGUACUUGUUCGGUUUUUCUUUUUACGAACAGCACAGAAAUAGCAGGAUUAUAGUUCAUGUCAUUGAACCUUUCUGGAUCAUUUUAAACACAAUAAAUCUGUGAGCUGUG